CAGGACCUGUGUGAUAUCUUGCCUUUGCGUUCACUUAUAAACAUUGUAAACAGCUUUACAGUUAGCUCGUGUCCUGACCAGAAGAUGGCAGUCGAAGCUGAAACCCAUGAAUGGGUUCCAGCGCAAUACCCUAAAGACGUCGACAGCGUGGAUCUUAGGCGGUUAAUAGGCGUGCAGCCUAAGGGAUAUAAAGAGCGUUCUGUUGGCAAGCGGAAACGGGAUGCCGCGGAGCAAGCAGAAGACGAGCAUCCAAUGGCAAUGCAAGAGGAUAUGGAGCAGCAGGACGCAACACAGGCACCAAAGCGUCAAAAGGCCGAUGAGACGAUGUACCGACCCGUUUCCGGGAAGUCCUGGAAGCCGCCGGGACAACGGGCGAGCACUGUAAUGCGGCCUGCUAGUUUGGGAAAGAAAAGCUGGGGCAAGAAAAUGACGGAAAAAGCUUCACGCAAGCACCUUCUUGAUUUGAAGGCCGAGGCAGUGGCCGCAACAAAAGCUAAGCGCAAGGCUGCCGCAGAACAGCGCAAAAGAGCAAAAGAGCUGAAAGCCUCGAACCAGCAAAAGAGCGCCGUGGUGCAAAAGAUCACGAACAGCGCCACCGUAAAGAAGAUGAUGAAGGACAAGAAGCAGCGCAAGCUGCUGCGAACAGCGGACACUAACUAGCGAGGGACCUGGCAGAACGGAUGUGUUGAACUAUGUAACGAGCAUCGCUGCAGAGGAGUUGCGGCGCCUGCCUGAGGACACUACAUGUGCACUGAGUCACGAGAAGGCCCAGAUGUUUGCACAUGGAUGUCAAUGCGGGGAUCAGGAGCCUGCAACAUGGCAAUCAGCUGCCAGGCGGUGCUCCGUAGGUGCUGUCAUUGGCGUCAUCAAAACAGUAGACGUUGCGUGAAAAGAGGCUACCCAAGGUGUCUGGAUGAGAAGUUCGGUGGUUAAGUGCAAUAGAUGCAGGAUGUCCAAUGCAAGUGACUACAGUACACGGGAACUGCACCGAUUAUGUCUGAAAGGCUGCAGGUUUACGCGACGAUUGGGUUUAGGGUCUUACGUACUGCGCGUAGGUAGGUUGAAUUUCGCUUGCGGAAGGCCACAUUGGCAUGGCGCAACCUCACGUUAGGCAUGGCCGUGGAAACGUCGGGUUUACUGUGCACGUGGUGUUAUUAGUCAUAGGAGCUGCCGUGUCCAGUCCGUCGGGGAACACGAUUGUUAGUGGGGUUCUGUGUGGAUUUGCCUCGUUUUACAUGGGUGUGGGCGAGGGGACUUGCAUGGCAUUAUCGUACUGCACAGAUCAGAACGCCGCCAUUGAUAUGUCGCGUCAGAUAACCUGUGGGUGUUGUACAAUUGUCUUCUGCGGUCGCAGUAAGCUUAUUAGUUUCGUUUCCAAUUGGAUGAUUGAUGUGUCCAAUCCUUGUGUCGUUUGAUUCUCUGCCUUGUCUCAACUUGCUGGUUAUUAGCAACAUCAACCUGCCUUCUGGCAAAAUUUUGAGCGAUUUAUAGCUAGGUCAGCCGCUCAUCACCGUGACGUGCGCAACAUCUCUUUUUAUACUUGAGACAGGACUUUACGCACUGGUUGACGCUUUGGAGGUUGUGACUGCAUUCAUCUUUCUGCAACGGGGACCCCAGGAAUUAGAGCAGCUACACAGAGCAGUUACACCACGUCCAUGGUCAGGAUUGCCUCGGUGCUCGUUGCUGAUGCAUAAUAGCUGAAAGGCUAAUGGAGUGCUUGGCAAUGUGAGGUUAUUUCUCGUAUGUGCCGUGUUUCGAUGUUCAACAUCUAUUCAGUACCAUACAGUACGGAAGAUCGACGGGGAGUGAGCGGGCCCCAGAGGAUGCUACUCAUGCCAUACACGGUUUUGUAAAAUGUGCCAAGGGGUC